AUGCUUUUUGUGGAUUUAAAAAUUUUUAUUUUCCAGCCCAUGGACUCAAAGUCAACAUCUGAGUACAUUUGCAUUGAAUGCAAGCAAGUAACUAAUCUUGGACAUAAAGACUCAAUAAGGUGCUUCCACUGUGGCAAGAACAUUCUGUACAAGGCCCGAGACAAGACAGCACCUGUCCAACUACAAGCAAUCUAA